AUGCCACUUAAGCAAGCUAUUCGUCAUCAGCAUGGAGAUGCGGCAAUCCAGGACAUCAACCGCUUGAACAACUUAGAGAAGAAAUACCUGAAAUGCUCCAACCACCUAACAUUCCUGAUGAAAUGCAGAGACCAAGGUAUCAUACCGAAAGGCCUUCGGUUGAGAUCCCCAGUCCAUUCUCAAUCAGCACACAAAAUCCUUCAACAGGCUAGCAGACUCUUGGUUAAAGAGCGAAUCCGACACCACAGGAAAACUAAAGCACACAGCCUGGCUGCAAUUGUCGAUCAACAGGACAAAAUCCAGUCUAUCCUACAGCCCGAAGAGUAUGCCCAGCUCCGCCAAGCACAGACCGAGUCAAACAGACAGCUCAACUCGAAAAUCAAAUCCAGCCAACAACAAAAGUUCAACAACCUCAGGCAAAGUACACGAGAGCCAGCCCACCGACACCAGUCCGAGCCCGUGAGAACCCAGUACAUCAACAAGACUGUGGUGAACCUAAGCACUAAAGCACUCACUCCCCACCAACUUAGUCUACUGGCAAAGGGAUUGAAUUUUGUCCCAACCACCAAAACCAUACCCAAGGAUGACUUCAUCGUAGACAUCGAAGAAGGCCUUCAACAACUAGCACCCGGGGGCCACAUCGACUACCUCCGCCACCAGGUAGCAUCCCUACUGGAUAAAGCACAACCCCAACGAACCAACCUAACUAAAGAAGAAAGCAGAGCCCUGGUCAAACUGAAGAAAGACAAGUCCAUAACCAUAGCACCAGCUGAUAAAGGAAAAGCGGCAGCCAUUCUUGACAAAACAGAUUUUAACAAACUGGUAGACAACUUACUAACAGACCAGUCCACAUAUCGAACCCUGAAAACUGACCCCACCAACAAGUUUGACCGGCAACACAGAUUCCUCCUGAACCAACUCAAAACCAGUGGUGAGAUCACACCUGAAAUCCAACGAAAGUUAACAGUGCAACACCCCGUGCACCGUAUGCCCGUGCAACCAUCAAAAUCCACAAGGAACCUGUAA